GCUGUUGCUUCACUGUGACUUUCCCCAAAAGUUCUCCAGCGCGUGCACACAGCUGUAUCACGGAAAGCACAUGGAUUCACGUUAAAUAGGAACACCUAUCGAUCAGCUGAACCGGAAUGGCCGCCUUAAGCAGUAUGAAUCUGAAGACUUUGGAGGAUUUGACGUUGGAUUCUGGAUACGGUGCGGGAGACUCAUAUCACUCCCUCAGCCUCUCAUCCUGCAAGUCCAACUCUCAGCUUACCUCCGCGGUUUACCGGGCAAACCGGUGCCGCCGCUCAGCCUCCACUAACAGCCGUAACGACAGCUGGGACUCCGUGAACACAGUACCGGAAGAUCCGGAGGACAUCUUCUCCAGAUGCCCGCGUUUGACAGACCUUGAAGAAUUUCCCUGGACAGACGACGAGGUGGAUUUCGUGCUGCGUAAAGUUUCCGGAGAGCGCAAGCCCUCGCCUUUUACGCUCGACAUCGUGCGCGCUGUGUCCAAGCUGCUACGCCGUGCCUUGUUGCGUGUGGCGCGCGAGGCGCAGAGGCUGAGUGUUCUGCGCUGCAGGUGUACGCGCUACGAGGUGCAGAGCGCCGCACGGAUCGUGCUCAGCUGGCCGCUCGCCGACGCGUGCAUCUCAUCUGCAGCGCGCGCCAUGUCCUUAUACAGCAUGAACACAGGAGAAUUGCUGCGCAGGAGUAAGUCAUCGCGCUGCGGUCUCAUCCUGUCCGUGGGUCGCUUCUUUCGCUGGAUGGUGGACACUCGGGUGUCGGUGCGCGUCCACGAGCACGCAGCCAUUUGCCUGGCCUCGUGCAUGGAGACUCUCACGGAGGAGAUCGGUGCCAGGGUGCUGACAUUGUGUGACGCGGGUUGUUUCGGGUGUCCAGUGCCUGCAGACGCUCUGGAAGCAGCAGUGAACGGCGACCCUGAGCUCUACGGGCUCUUGCAGAGCUAUGAACAUCUGAUCUGCGGGAAAAACGCCAACGGUGAACUCUCCUUGCCAGCCCACUUCAGCCCAUAUGCAGAGGGUCACGCUCCAGGCUCGGAUGGCAGACAGGGAACGUGUGUUCAGAUGGAGGUGCGGACGCUGGAGCAGGCUUUGCUGGCCACAUGUGUGGGAAGCAUCUCAGAGCUCAGUGACCUGGUAUCCCGUGCCAUGCGGCACAUGCAGCGUCUGCUCUCAGGGGGAUGUGUCCUCAGUCCUGGGCGUCCCAGCCACAAGCAGCAACUCUCCUGGUCUCCUGAUGCCCUGCACACACUUUACUAUUUCCUGCGCAGUCCACAGAUGGAGUCAAUGGAGAACCCAAACUUGGAGCCACCCAGGAUGGCCCUGAGCAAAGAGAGGCCGUUCCCUUUACUGCCCCCUCUGAUGGAGUGGAUGCGUGUUGCGAUGGUUCACGCAGAGCAUCGGCGGAGUCUAUUAGUGGACAGCGAUGAUGUGAGACAGACAGCCAGGCUGCUCCUGCCCGGACUGGACUGUGAACCCAGACAGCUUAAGCCAGAGUGCUGUUUCAGCUCCUUUAAGCGUUUGGACUCAAAGUCUGCAUUAGACAAGUUUAACCUGGACCUGGGUUUCCGCAUGCUCAACUGCGGACGCACAGAUCUGAUUGGUCAGGCCAUCCAGCUGCUUGGUCCUGAUGGAGUAGAUACCAUGGAUGAUCAGGGCAUGACUCCUCUGAUGUAUGCCUGCUCAGUGGGAGAUGAAGCUCUGGUCCACAUGCUCAUUCACGCUGGUGCUAAUCUGGAUAUAGGGGUUCCUAGCUGCUCGCCUAAACACCCAUCUGUUCAUCCUGACAGUCGCCACUGGGUGGCACUUACCUUUGCCGUGCUGUACGGACAUUUAUCAGUGGUACAGCUCCUGUUGGAUAUGGGGGCAGACGUGGAGGGCCAUGCUCACAAGAGCGGGCACCAGGGCUCAGCAGAGACACCCCUCCAACUGGCAUCAGCUGCAGGGAACUAUGAGAUGGUCAGCCUGCUCUUGUCCCGUGGUGCUGACCCCAUGUUCCGAGUGCACAGCGGGAGUUCGCUCACAUCACUGUAUGAGGAUAUGAACUGCUUCAGUCAAGCUGCAGCACAUGGCCACAGGAACGUGCUGAGGAAGUUACUGAGCCAGCCCCAGAGGUUGCAGGAGGAUGUGCUUUCUCUGGAGGAGAUCCUGGCUGAAGGUGUGGAAGAGGUCCAGAGGCCAGAGCAUCACUCUGUAUCCACUCCUGGUGCAGGGGUAGUCCUGCCCCUCACCAAGGCUCGAAUCCGAGCUCUGCAGGAGGCCAGCCUUCACAGCACAGAGCACGGCUACCUGGAUGUCACCAUGGAGCUCAGAGCACUCGGUGUGCCAUGGAGGCUACACAUGUGGCUGGUGUCUCUGCACACUGCACAGAUUCAGUCCAGAACGGAGCUCACUCUCUCCCUCGUGAACGACUUCAGCUCUCUGUGGGAGGAGAAACACUGUGAGGAGCUGAUCUCUGAUGGCCUUCCACUGCUCUUCUCCAUCAUCACAACCACCAAGAAUAAAGAGAUCCGUGAGAAGCUGGGUUGUGUGUUCAGCCACUGCUUCGGUUCUGCUCCUCUGCCUCCUAUUCCUGAACUGAGGAAUACAUCAGCAGCUCAGCUAGACAUCCAUUUCCUGAAUAACUCGGAGAUGUCAGACGUGACGUUCCUGGUGGAAGGCAGGCCGUUCUAUGCGCACCGAGUGCUCCUCAUGUCUGCAUCACAGAGGUUCAAAGAUUUGCUCAGCAUUAACGAAUCAAAUGGCACAGAUCAUAUCAUCGAGAUCACAGACAUCAAGCACAGCACUUUUCAGAUGCUGAUGUCUCAUCUGUAUGGUGGAGGAGCAGAGAACUCAGAUGCAGCCAUCUCUGAUAUGUUAGAGCUCCUGCCAGUGGCUGACUCCUUCCAGCUCGGUGCUCUGAAAAGGGUGUGUGAGAUCCACUGUGCUGAUCACAUGACCAUCCAAAAUGCUGUUUCCAUCUACCAUGCAGCUGUGGCGAGUGAUGCGGUGGAGCUGGCUGCCUUCUGCCAAAGCUUCUUCCUGCAGAACAUGUUCUUCAUGCUGCAGAGACAAGAUUUUGAAGAGCUGCUGCUGGGCCCCAAGUACAGCAAUGUUCUGAUGGACCUGCAAGAUGUGCUUAUCUCCAGGCUUCGCUGCCUCUGUAGCUCAGGGUGAAAGGAAUGGGAUAAUCUGACACAUGGACAGUCAGGCUGUGCCUUCUUUUAGCUCACCUCUCUCACCUAACAUUACAUAAUAGAGCUGAAUCGAUCAACUUACUAGAAUUGCAUUUUGGGCAUUAGAGCUCAAAUAUACGAUGGUUUUUGGACGUUUAACAUUUAGCUAUGAUGUUGAAGCACUGCAGGACAGAGUACUAAAAGUCAUUAUAGUAAAUUACUACAGAAGUAAGUGUUAACGUAUGCGAUUGAACACAAACAAGAAAACAGAUUUCCCAUACAACAGCGCCGUCUAGUGGACAGAAUGUGAAUCAAAUACUUUGUGAUUAAAAUACAGGAUGUCUGAAUAGUCAGAAACCAGUGAGAGUAAAAUGACAUAUAUUUAAUUUUGUAUUUAUUAUUAACAACAUAUAUUCUCAAUAUUUCCCAUUGGGUCCUGACUUUCAGUUGUAUUAUAACAUGUACAUUUUUGUAGCAUUUUAUACUGUAAAUAUCUUGGGUUUUUUAUUACACAAGUGUUACGCUGGUACUUUUCAACCAUUUGUAAAGACUAAUUUAUUGGCUAUAUUAUUAUUAUUAUUAUUAUGUAUUUUCAUUUUUUUCAUGCUUUUUUUUCUUUCUUUCUUUAGUUAUUAACAUGUUAUACAAUGUUAUACAUAGGCAGUGGAAGGCAUGGGAACUGACAAAAGUUCUAGCAUCUUCUCUGUGGGAGUUUUAUGUAGAAUGAGAAAUGCACCAGAGGCUAUGUCUUUCAGAAGCUAGAAAUGUUCAGCAUCCUAUAAACUCUUGAGAAUUUUUUUUUUUUUUUUGGGUUUAGUCCAGAAUUGAAACUCUUUGUUUCACUUUGUUAUUCAUAUAUUCUUCUUCUUGAAUCGUAUUAAGCUGUAAUGCCAGUGACACUUUUAGGAACUACAGUAUUGCAGCAGUAGAGAAUGUAAAUCUGGACCGAACAAGAAGUUUAGUGUGUUUAGUGUGGGUAGAGUUUGAUCUCUGUCCCAGGACUGCCAUUGUUUAGCUCAGCUCCAUGUUUGGACACUAUCCUGCCUCACCUUAAUCACGUUGACCGAAUAAAAGCAUCUGCUGAAUAUCAUUUAAAAGCUUCAAGCAAUAAACAAAAUU